CCGAACAUGGGGGAAGAGUUCACAUCUCGGGAGCCAAGUACUGUGCAAGAGACAGUGGUCAGAAAGGAUAGUCUUUUGCAACCAGCGAUACCAGUUGUCGCACCUGCGGAUUCGGCUUCGCAGGAUUCGAUCUCCGUUCCUAAACGUAAAAAAGGCAGGCCGAAGAAUAGCGAACGUCUGGUAAAAACUGAAAAGCAUACUGCCAGAGAAUUUGGAGAUUCCAAGGACGACGUUGCGACUAGACCGCGUAGAAAUGUUAAACCUCCAGAGCGGUACGGGUUUCCGACUGGGAUGGAGGGGUGUGGUGUAUCCACGCCAUCUUUUAGAGGCGUGUAAGCGUAGAGCGUUGGCGCGAACAAAGGACAGUCGACAGAAUGCGGCGUUCCAGUCCGUUCGCAAUUAGAGUUGUAACUAGUUGUAAUAAAGAAUAAAAUAUAUAAUAUCAGUAUUGCAUUUACUCCUUAGUACGAACACAACAGUAAGUUUUUUUUUAUUUUAUUGUAUUAAAUUUUCAUAUGAUUGUAAUUGUAAAAAAUUAAUACGUAUUUUGUUAGUUUUUUAGGUUAUAUCAUAAGUAAUUUUUAAUUUUUAUCUUAUAACAAUUGGAAGAUAACUAACUUUUAAAUAUUUUGUUAUAUAUGAUGGAUAAAAAAAUUAGUAACCGUGAUAUUUCUUCGAGGCAUAAGAGACGAUUAGCCCAAAUAGAAACGGAAAAAGAUUAUUUGUUAUUAGAAUCUUCAAGCAGUAGUGAGGCUAGUUUUGAACUAUUGCAUGAAUCUAUUAAAAAACGUAAAAUUGAAAACAAUGAUAAUGAUGCAUCAGUUUCAACAUCAUCUCUUAUUAGUAAUAGUGAAGAAGGGCAGAACACAUCAGAAGUAGUCACAGAUGAUGAAGAUUUUAUAGAUAUUGAAGAACAAGACGAAAUGCAAUCCUUAUCACUAAACUGUGACAGUUCAAGUGAUGAUGCAGGUGAUGAAAGUGUGGAUAACGAAUUGUUGCACAAUCUUCAAAAUUUGUGUUUUGAGUUUAAUAUUCGACACAACGCAAUUAAUAGUCUUUUGGAAAUUCUGAGGAAUACUCCACCUUCACAAUUUAAAUCUUUACCAAAGAAUGCAAGAGUGCUUUUGAAAACACCUAAGAAAACUGCUGAAAUAGUUGCAUUAGCUGGAGGGUCAUAUCAUCACUUUGGUCUAUCGGAUGCUUUAGAAUCAAUCCUGCAACAUUAUAAAAAUAUGUCUUUGGAACUAUCUGCAAUUAAUUUAUUAAUUAAUAUAGAUGGUUUAUCAAUAUUCAAAUCAUCACCAAGUGCUUUCUGGCCAAUAUUAGUUUCAGAUGAUAUUUCAAAACAAGUGCAUAUAGUUGGAAUAUUUUAUGGUCAAAAGAAACCAAACAAUGCCAAUGAAUAUUUAGAACCAUUUGUGAAAGAAUUAAUACCAUUAGUCCAGAGAGGAUAUCAUUCAGAUAUCAUUCAGAUUAAAGUGUGAUAUUAAAGUUAAUGUUAAGCCCAUUAUUUGCGAUGCUCCAGCAAAAUCUUUCAUUUUAAAUAUUAAAGAACAUAAUGGUUAUUCAAGUUGCACUAAAUGUACCAUUUAUGGAGAGUAUGUUAACUCUAAAAUGUGCUUCCCUUAUGAAAAAAGGUCAAGUGUACUUAGAACUGAUGAAGGAUUUAUAAAGCAAAUAGACUCUGACUAUUAUCAAAGAGAACCUACAAUUUUGCUCCCUGUACCUAAUUUAGGAUUUGAGUCGAAUAUUGC